AACACACUUCACCUUAUACCAAAACAACUUCUCUCAAUAAAGGUAUAAAGUAAUUGACAAAAUUGUCAACAAGCAAAAAACUUGAAACCGUUAAUGUUUCAAGCAAAAGUGAAGAAACAAAAGACACUGUUGGUUUGAGAGAGUUUUGAGGAAUGGAGAGUUUAACAAGGUGGAGAAAGUUUUAUAUGGUUAUAGGAUUGGUGUUGUUUUUGUGUUUGUUUGUUUUUUCUGUCACAGCUUCUGUGACUUAUGAUCAUAAAGCUAUUGUAAUUAAUGGACAGAGAAGAAUUUUGAUCUCUGGCUCUAUUCAUUAUCCAAGAAGCACACCUCAGAUGUGGCCAGAUUUAAUUCAAAAGGCCAAAGAUGGAGGUGUUGAUGUUAUUCAGACAUAUGUGUUUUGGAAUGGACAUGAGCCUUCUCCUGGAAAUUAUUACUUUGAAGAUAGGUUUGACUUGGUUAAGUUUGUCAAGGUGGUUCAACAAGCUGGCCUUUAUGUUAACUUGCGUAUUGGUCCCUACGUUUGCGCUGAAUGGAACUUUGGGGGAUUUCCUGUUUGGCUAAAGUAUGUACCAGGUGUUGCUUUCAGAACAGACAACGAGCCGUUCAAGGCAGCAAUGCAAAAAUUCACUGCUAAGAUUGUCAGCAUGAUGAAAGCAGAGAAUUUAUUUGAAAGCCAAGGUGGUCCAAUAAUUAUGUCUCAGAUUGAGAAUGAGUAUGGACCUGUGGAAUGGGAAAUUGGUGCUCCUGGAAAAGCUUACACCAAAUGGUUUUCUCAAAUGGCCAUUGGUCUAGAUACCGGCGUACCGUGGAUUAUGUGUAAGCAAGAAGACGCUCCUGAUCCUAUUAUUGAUACCUGCAAUGGAUAUUACUGUGAAAACUUCACUCCCAACAAGAACUACAAACCCAAAAUGUGGACUGAAAAUUGGUCUGGCUGGUACACUGAUUUUGGGAGCGCCGUCCCUUAUAGACCGGCACAAGACGUGGCAUUCUCAGUUGCAAGAUUCAUACAAAAUCGCGGCUCAUAUGUUAACUACUAUAUGUACCAUGGUGGAACUAAUUUUGGAAGGACAUCUGCUGGCCUUUUCAUUGCCACAAGCUAUGACUACGAUGCACCUAUUGAUGAAUACGGACUUCUAAGUGAACCAAAAUGGGGGCAUCUAAGAAAUUUACAUAAAGCAAUAAAGCAAUGUGAGCCGAUUUUAGUGUCUGUGGAUCCGACGGUGUCAUGGCCAGGAAAAAACCUUGAGGUACAUGUUUACAAGACGAGCACUGGUGCCUGCGCUGCAUUCCUUGCAAAUUAUGACACCACAUCUCCGGCAAAAGUUACAUUUGGAAAUGGCCAAUACGACCUACCGCCUUGGUCUAUCAGUAUUCUUCCUGACUGCAAAACUGCUGUUUUCAACACUGCAAAGGUUGGUACAGUACCAAGCUUCCAUAGAAAGAUGACUCCUGUGAGUAGCGCAUUCGAUUGGCAGUCAUACAACGAAGCACCCGCCUCGUCCGGUAUAGAUGAUUCCACCACAGCAAAUGCACUUUUGGAGCAGAUCAAGGUGACUCGCGAUUCUUCAGAUUAUUUGUGGUAUAUGACAGAUGUCAACAUUAGUCCUAAUGAAGGUUUUAUAAAGAAUGGUCAGUAUCCUGUUCUUACUGCAAUGUCAGCUGGCCAUGUUCUGCAUGUUUUUGUUAAUGGUCAAUUUUCGGGAACUGCUUAUGGAGGAUUGGAGAAUCCUAAAUUAACAUUUAGUAAUAGUGUAAAGCUGAGGGUUGGAAAUAACAAGAUUUCUUUACUUAGUGUUGCCGUCGGUCUCUCGAAUGUUGGCUUGCACUAUGAAACAUGGAAUGUUGGUGUCUUAGGCCCGGUAACGUUGAAGGGUCUAAACGAGGGGACAAGAGACUUGUCUGGACAGAAAUGGUCUUACAAGAUUGGACUGAAAGGGGAAACCUUGAACCUUCAUACCUUAAUUGGAAGUUCCUCUGUUCAAUGGACAAAAGGAUCAUCGUUGGUGAAAAAACAACCUUUGACUUGGUACAAGGCAACUUUCGACGCCCCCGCUGGCAACGAUCCAUUGGCGCUAGAUAUGAGUAGCAUGGGAAAAGGUGAAAUAUGGGUAAAUGGUGAAAGCAUUGGUCGGCAUUGGCCGGCAUAUAUAGCACGUGGAAGUUGUGGUGGUUGUAAUUAUGCCGGAACGUUUACCGAUAAAAAAUGCCGAACAAGCUGUGGACAACCCACCCAAAAAUGGUAUCAUAUUCCUCGCUCCUGGGUGAACCCAAGAGGGAACUUCUUAGUUGUGCUUGAAGAAUGGGGAGGCGAUCCUUCUGGAAUUUCAUUGGUGAAAAGAACAUGAAGUGUGCUCAUUUGAUUCUAUUGAAAAGUUUUUUUUCUUUGCAGAACUGCAUUUGCAAGAAAUAGUACCAAGUAAAUGUGGUUCAGAAUAUAAAGUUAUUCAAGUACAUUGAUGCUCCAUCUUUUCUAGUAGUUCAGGUUUACACCAAAAGAUUGCCAAAACAACUUGGCAAAAAAGAAAGAUAUUUACACACAUACACAAGAGAAAUUUGAUGCAGAAAUGAUGUAUAGUGUAUACUGUACAUAGCCAAACAAUUCUGCUGAAUAAUAUUGUUUUAUGUAUUAUUGAGCCGAUAUACAUAAAUCAUAAAUAUUUGAGAUUGACACACAAAAUGUGUGUCAGUGUCACUAGCUACAUUCUGCCAGAAAUAAAUAAAUUUGUUUCAACAGUGGAGUUAUGUAUUGAACAAAUUGAAAGUA